CAACUUUUUUUUCUUUGUUUCUUUUGUUUUAUUUUGUUUAAUAGAUUUACAUUAUCAGUACCGGGCCUCAUGUAUCUAUGAUCUGUCACCACACAGGUGCUGUUUCCACCACCAUACCUCUUUAUAUAUAAUAAAUACGCAACCUCACACGAAUUUCCACUACGCUCUAUUCUUCUUCUUCUCUUUGUCUUUGACUAGACAAAAGAAAAACAGAGAUGGCAAGUUUAGAGGAAGACGAGUUAGUACAAAUGGUGCAAGAUUUUAUAGAAUCCGAAUCAACAUCCCCCACAAGUUCCACGUCCUCAAAUUGCCACACCUUAAACCACCGAACCCAAUAUUUUAUUCUACAGGAUGUUCUAAGGAGUGAGGGUGAUACAGGAUGUGAGGCUAAGGUAUUGAAGUGUGUAUUGAACCAUAUGAGAGGUAGAAAGGGUGCGGAGAAGACUAAGACAAGUCUCAGUAAAUGGCUUGUUAUGAGGAUGAAAAUGGAUGGCCUUGAUGCUUCUGUAUGCCACACCUCUUGGGCCACCUCUUUGGGUUGUCCUGCUGGUGAGUACGAGUAUAUUGAAGUGAUAAUAGAGGAUGACCAGAAUUGUGGUAAACCUACGAGGCUGAUAGUAGAUAUAGACUUUAGGUCCCAAUUUGAAGUUGCGAGGCCAACACAAAACUACAAGGAAUUGACAGACUCGGUCCCAGUGAUUUUGGUUGGGACUGAGAACAAACUGUGCAAGAUAAUUUCCCUGCUAUGUUCUGCUGCCAAACAGUGCCUAAGAGAGAAGGGUCUCCACGUGCCACCAUGGAGAACCGCUUCAUACAUGCAAGCCAAGUGGCUCUCUGUGAGUCGUAAAGAGCCUAGCCAUGAUGUCAUUGGUUAUGAUGAUCAUGAACAUGCUGAUGCUGAUAUUAUUGGUAACUGGGUACCUCCAUCACUGAAGCCAAAGAAAAGGGAUUUGGAUGGUGGUGGAUCUGGUUUGUCUAGUCAAUUAUCUAACAUGAGUGUAAAUUGUUGCUAGGGGAGUCUCUCUGCUUAUUCUGAGAACUACACCCAAUUUUGGUCGCAAUUUUAUGAUGAAUUCGGUGGUCAUCACAAGUAUUUUUUGUAUUCUCACUUACGCUAGUCACAUAAAAUAAGAGCACUUCUUACGUGGAUUUUAAAAUUUUAGCAUUUUGUGAUGAGCACCUCUUGUUGAAUAAAAGAAUAUCCUUCUUCGUUUCAUA